GUAGGUUGUCUGCCCUUCGCUUGGGCCACGUGAGUUACUACGUGGGCCACGUGCUAGCGCCGUUUAUCCGCUAGCGCCAUGGCGGAUGAUCUUGACUUCGAUGCAGUGGAGCAGCUUUUGGAUAAUGCGGAGCGUGCGGCCAAUGCGGACUUUGAGGACGAGCGGCGCAAGAAACGACGUUCCAGGACUCGCUCCCGCUCCGCACGGCGGGGCCGUUCGCGCAGUCGCAGCCGAGAAGCACGGCGUCUGGAGAAGGAACGCGAAAUGGAGGAGAAACGCCGACAAGAGGAGGAAGAGGAACGUCGCCGACAGAUUGAAGAUGCCACGCGAGGAGAUCGUACAGUGAUGAUUGUGUGCUUGCACCACAAGGCUGACGAGCGUGAUGUCUACGAGUUUUUCUCGAAAAAUGCGGGCAAGGUUCGUGAUGUCCAGAUCAUUCGUGAUGCUCGUACAGGUCGUUCCAAGGGCCUCGCCUAUGUGGAGUUUUAUUUGCAAGAAGCGACCCUGAAAGCCUUGGCCCUCAGUGGUCAGCCUAUCAAGGGACAGGCCGUGCGCGUGCAGCCCAGCCAAGCGGAGAAGAACCGCGCGGCGCAGGCCGCCAAGGCCUCCAUCCACUACACCGCACCAAGGGAGACGCCGCUGCGUCUGUAUGUGGGUGGCCUUACUGACUCUUUGGCGAACAUUUCUGAGGAAGAGCUGAAGAAGCUGUUCUCACCUUUUGGUGAGAUUGAGUUCAUCGACCUGCACCGAGAUCCUUACACCAACAAAUGCAAGGGUUUUGCCUUCGUUCAGUUCAAGAACGCCUCAGAAGCGCGAGAGGCGAUGACAGCCAUGAACGGCUUCCAACUGGCAGGAAAAGAGCUCAAGGUGGGUAUUGCCACCAGCGACAUGCAGCUGGGCGAGGGCGGCCAAGGAGCCAACUUGGCCAUCGGGGAGAACCUCCACGAGGAUGCCAGCACCAUGGGACCAAAUGCUCAGCCGGGUAUGUUGAAGGACGCCAACGACCGCUUGGCUUUGAUGCAGAAGCUCCAGCGCGAUCCUACUCAAGGUUACGGCCCGGGCGUGCCAUCGAACAUCAUCGUUUUGCACGGCAUGUUCAACCCGUCGCAAGUGAAUUUGGCGGCGGAUCCAGAGUUCUUCAACGAUAUCCAUGCAGAUGUCGAACAGGAGUGCCGAAAGUAUGGCGCAGUGAUCAAGGUCUUCGCAGAUCAGGGCAGCAGCAAGGGAGAUGUUUGGGUGAAGUUUGCAGAUGCGACCAGCGCAUCCAAUUGCCAGCGGGCUUUGGACAGGCGUUGGUUCGCAGGCCAGCAGAUCAUCGCAGAGUUCAGCACCGAAGCAGCCUGGGCCGGCGUUGUACGCUGAGAUCUCUGAGGCAGGAGUGCAUGUAUCUUGUCAGUGAGCUUGGCACUUUAGUAAAUUUGGCGACCCAUCAAGCCCCGCUCUUCCAAGCACCUCUGGAAGGUGUAGGAGGCCUCAAGCAAAUUCUAAGAAGAGGAC